UUAUUAUGGCUGCGCACUCGAACAGUGUUUAUUUCGCAAACGUAACUUUACAGAUUCUUCGACAUGUAGCAACUCAAUGCUAGUAGUUUGGUUGAAACCUUGCCCACAGUGAAGUGCUUCUACCGUGAACAACUGCUGUACAUACAUUUACAAUGGAAUGUUGUUGUCGAUGUCGUCGACCCAAAUUAUCUGAUCUUGGAUUCAGCACAGCUGAUUGCACAGUGUUUCAUAGGCCGCAGUGGUCAAAGUGUCCCCAGAUAGCGUUUGCUGUGUACAGAGUGGUCUUAGCUCUGUACGUUACUGGGUUUCUCCUGGGGGUGAUAGUGAUCUCCGUCCAGCAUCAAGGAGCGGAAUCCUUCAUCUAUCUUACAACCUAUGGAUUCAUUAUAUUUGCUGCUUAUAACACUGUUGCAGCAUUCAACGUCAUACUGGAUGGAUGCAUUCGACGUCAUAACCCAUCACAAGGGAGCUCUCGUUUCAACCACCAGCUACAUUGGUUCCUAUUUAACCUCACAACAAACAUCAACUUCUUAGUAACCAUCGUCUACUGGGGUCUCAUCUAUACCCCAGGAUUCCUCCCUCUCGUCUAUGAUCUCAACAUGCACACCCUAACCUCUGUAAUCUGCCUUCUGGAUCUCUUCCUGACAGCCCUCCCUGUGAACCUUCUACACUUCAUCUACCCUUUCCUGGUAGGUGUAGGGUACAUCAUCUUCACCCUGGUCUAUUGGGCAAUCAAUCCAAACGAUGACCCUAUAUACCCGUUUCUGGACUACACUAACAACCCCGGCCUAGCUGCGGGAGCCGUCAUCGGGUCUUCUAUGGUUGUUGUCAUAAUGCAAGGCAUCAUUUGGCUGAUGUAUAAGUUAAGACAGUGGAUAUGGAUAAGAUGUGGUUACAGUUGGAUGGGGAGGGAUUCUUCUGGCGAGGACUGUUGCUUUCUUGAUGAUCAAGGAUCUGGAAAUGAAGAGGUUACAACUGGACAGGUUUAAUUAAAGGUGCCCCUUAAAAAAUAUAAUAUAGUAUAUACAGUUUGAUGAUGAGUGAUUCCACUGGAGAGGAUUCUGCUGUAUUUGUGGGGACCAGGCAAUGACAAAUGUACAAAUCGACAAUAUACAUGUUGACAAGCAGCAAUAUAAUCCUCCCAAAUCUCGUUGGUAAGCCUCACCUUGAGUUAGUAAAAGCUGAAGCGAUAUUUAACCAUCAAUCUUUGACUGAGAGCAGAAAAGGUUGAUUUGAAUUGUAAGCUUGAUAUUCGUUGGAGAUAUUUUGUCUGUGUAAUUUGUAUUUUAAUAUAAAAUAUUGCAGAAUUGCAUUAUAGUUUUACCUCUUGAUCAUGACUUAAAUUUGAUAUUUAUAUUUUUGUUUGCAAAUCGCACAAACACAAGGCCAAAUGGCCACGCAUGGUGCGAGAGCUACAAGUAAAGAAAAGUUAAAGGAAAUGAAAAUUUCUGUUCACUUUCUGAGGUGAAUGCAUCUAUAUUCAAUGCACAGUUCCACCAUGCACGACCCUGGCAGAAAUGUCAUUAUAAGAGGACAGCAAAACAAAGAAACACAAAGCAGAAAUGAGAUUAAGUACUUCAGAGUAAAAAAACCGAAACUCUUUAUCUUAAUAACAUUCUCCUUAUACUGAGGGUUCACUGAAACGGUUCCAGACAAGUAUCCAGUUUCAUAAACUUCCAGUUUCAGAAAACAUUGCUUACAAAAAACGCGAUACGCAAAAAUGAGCAGGAUACCAACCACAUGAUACAUGUGAUAUUGUAUUUUGUUUGAUAUUCUUAUAACUUUUGUUGUGCUAAGAUUUCCUUUUUCCUUUCUUGCAUAAUCAGCUCCAUUAUUAUGGACCCAAGAGGGUGAUGAACUUUGGAAAGAGGGUUGAAAAUAUUAUCAGAAUUUUGUAAAGUUUCAAUUUUCUCGUGAUAAAAUUGCCUAACUAGUUAAAACCAUGCAACUGCACUGGUUGUCUUUGAUGGUAUAUUCGUACUGUGACAUGCAUUCACCACAUGUUGUAAAUUGAAGGCUGGUAAGGUUUACUUUAUUUAUCUCACUGUUGAGUUUUGCAAUAAAUAACUGAGUAUACUU